AUGUCACGCCUGCCGCGCAGUGCAACACCGGAACGCUCACGCCCGCCGCCCUCCUCCGACGCCCAGCGUGCGCCGCCACGGGCCGCCCUGGACGCCACAAGCACGCGGCAAGCACACCCGGGGAGUGUGGCCAUCCAGCUUGAGGCAGAGGCCGGGACCGAUGAUGGCCAGCAGCGAGACGGUCGCGCAUCACCUCUGUCGGUAUCGUCUCGCUCGGUGCCAUCGCCGCCCGCUUCCCCACGCGGAGAUGAUACGCCGAUUGCGGCGCCGGAGGCAUCCCAAGGUCACUGCUGCGUGUGCCUCGAGGCCUUGCGGCCGCCCGGUUGCGGCGAACAUGCAGCCGUGGCUUUUCCGACGUGUGCCCGCCACCGCAUGCACGUAGGCUGCCUCGCCCAGUUCCGCGUCCAAGCUUCCGGACCCUCUGAGAGUCCCGAUGCCGUCGAGGCUGAGACGGGUGAGGAUACGGUGCGAGGUGCAGUCCGGGACUACACACUGCGCACCUUCACAACCAACGACGCGCCGGAGCCGCCGCCUCCACCGGGGAUAAACGUUCUUUGUUGUCAUCAUGUCGCGGCCGUGAACGGGGCGAAUGGAGUUGACUUCGUCAGGCUGCCACACCGUGCCAUGCAAUGGGCGCCUGUCCCCAUCCGGCACGCCGCGGGCAUAGCGGCGUGGCAACCAAGUUGGCUUUGCCCUGGCUGCGCGCAAGAAGUGAGAUUUGCCGACCUGGACGUCCCGGCCGAUGCGGGACAGCCUUGUAGCCGUUGCGGACGUGCCUUGCGAUGGGAGUACGACCGCGCAACUGGGCAGGGACAGCUCAGCUGCAUGCCGGGUUGCGCUGGAUCGGCCCGUCCUGUGGCACCGCAGGAACCGCGCGGUACGCUCACAACGCCUAAUCAGGCAGCAGCUGGCCUCCCAGCGAGCAGGGGAGCGUUCUGGCUCUCGCGGGGCCCGCCCAUCGGUCACGUACAGGAGGCUACCAACUCCUGGUUGUAUGUGCCGCUGCUGCAUGCCGCCGCCGCCGACCUCACUUCCUCUGCUGUCGAGGCCUGGCGAGCCGACCCCCGAGCUGCUGACUGGUGGGACCCGGCCCGACGGCUGUUGGCCACGUCCAGCCCGGUCGCGCCCCACGUGCUAGCCGACGCGGUCAGGCAUGCAACCGAGGCAGCACCGUCUCAUGCCCAUCACCUGGCGGACUUCCUUGGGCGCCUCGAGCGCGCCGGUCUGCCUAACAGCGCCCUCGUCCAUGUUGGCUGGGCAGUCCGGCAAUUGUGUGAGCAGGACGGAUACCUGAUAGCCACUGUGCAAGAAGCCCUGCUUCAGUGCUACGGCGGCGAGGCGUUCGCGCUAGCAGUCGACCGCCAUUCCGACCGCUUUCGCCAACGGCCGCGCAGCCCGCCCAGUCGAGAUGCGUCUCCGCCACCUGCCGCGCCUGCAGCGAGGCCAGAUGCGCGAAACGGGUGUGAUGCGGCUGCGCCUACACGCCACGGCUGCGAACGCAGGGAUGCGAGUGCU